AGGAAACUCUCCUGUAACUCGUAUUUCUCUUUGUCUUUUCUUUGCUUUUCCUUCUAAUCUUUUCUGUCUCUUUUUGCUUCUCCAAGAUACCCAUCUUUUUGCAAUUCAAUUAUUCGAUUCAGCAAAUCGCAGUUGGAACACCAAGGGUCCAGGAAUUCCUCCAAGUACCGGCUUCAGAGCUGGGAAGACUUUGCAUUGACCGUGAUAAAUCUUGCAGCCAAAACAAACGUCAGGCAAUCAGAUGCGAUGGGGUCACCGACACGUAGCGUUCAGUUCCACAGGGACGAUCUGGAACCGGGGCUGUCCCCUGCCAAGACUGCAAUCCGAGACCCCACCGGUGCUCUAGAGAAGCGUUUCUCCGCAGAACCUGAAUCCGUACCCAUAGCUCCCGCUUUAUCGCGCCGCACAAGUCGACUUGCCACAACUCGAACUUUCCGAACAGUCGAUGCUGUCCACCUACGGCCGAGUUGGCAUGCAGGACAGGAACCAGGACUCGAUCCCUCGAAACCAAAUGGCGGAAGGGCGCAGACGCCUAUACUGCAUGAGGAAUGCCAGAUAACUGUUGUCGAUUAUAGUGAGGAGGAUAUAAGGGUACGAGACUUUGAUAAUGCGGGGCUCAUAGAUUUCUUAGAAGAACCUCAGGAAGAUUGGAUAAAAUGCCGGUGGAUUAAUGUAAAUGGAUUGAGCUGGGACGUUGUUCAGGCACUUGGAAACCAUAAAAAUCUCCAUAAGCUGGCGAUUGAGGAUUUGGUCAAUACGAAUAACCGGACGAAAGCGGAUUGGUAUACCGAACAUAUGUACAUCGUUAUGACGCUCCAAAAGCUCGUGCAUCUACACGACGAGGAAGAGAGCUGCUCAGAUUCAGAUGAGGACACGAGAGAUCCAAAGGCAGGGCGACGUGGAGGAUCUUUGAGAUUUCUACGCAGGGCGUUCCGGGGUUCUAAAUCGGAAAGAUCGGGUACAGUGGCCGGCAGUCAUCCUACCACAAAUGGAUUCAUCAAAGGCCAUAUGGAGGGUGUCGUCUCUGCACCCGCUCAAAAACUAAGAACAAUACAAAGAUAUCAUGGAGGUCCCAAUCAAGAACGGAUGGCUUAUAUGGAGAGGCAUUCCCCAUUGACGAAGAGGAAGUUGGCUGUCAGUGCCGAGCAGGUCUCAAUAUUCCUGACAUCCGACAAUACCGUUAUUGCGUUCUUUCAAAAUUCGGCAGAUGAUCUCGAAACUCCUAUCCUGAGACGAUUAAGUACCCCGGAUACCAUCCUCCGGCGAUCCUGUGAUGGUUCCAUGCUCGUUCAGGCCCUCAUCGAUGGCAUUGUAGACCUUGCUAUACCUGUCGCAACUGCCUAUCAGGAUAUCAUUGGGGAAUUAGAAAUCAAUGUCUUGACCGAACCGACAAUUACGCACACGAGCAACCUCUACAUCCUCACCAGCGAGAUGACGAAAAUACGCGGCUUCGUCAGCCCAGUCAUCAAUCUAAUAAAUGCUCUUCGAGACCACAAACAUCCAACCGGUAAUUCGCAGGGUAGCUACCGAGGGGAUAUGAAGAAGGAUUCCAGCGUAACCAUCAGUCCAAUGGCUCAAACGUACCUCGGCGACGUCGAAGAUCACAUUAUACUAAUCACCGAUUCCCUUGACAACAUGCGACGGUCGUGUGACAACAUGAUCGACUUGAUAUUUAACACCAUCUCCGCAUAUCAGAACGAAUCCAUGAAACAACUAACUGUCGUUACCAUCAUCUUCUUGCCAUUAUCUUUCAUGACUGGAUAUUUCGGGAUGAAUAUUACGGAUUUCCCCAGCAUUCAUCACAAGGAGAGCUAUUUCUGGAUUGUAGCGGCGCCAGUGGGGUUUGCAGUAAUUCUGUUUUUGAUGAGGGAUAUGUUGAAGUGGUGGUUGACGAGGUUCAUACAGAAAAGAGGCAUCUCGAAGCAUAGAAAGGGGAGGUUGCUGAGAGAUAAGAACCUGUAAUGAAACAGGUGCCACGCCGAAGGGAGUUACUAGCUGUUGAGUCUCCACAGCAAGUGUCGAGUACAUAAAUGCUGUUGACCAGCAGAGUUAAAAGAUUCAUCAUGUGGCUUCACACGCG